AUGGAGCAUUUUGCGAAUCGAUCAGCUCAAGCGCAACAGCAUGUCUACACCACAACGCCCUACAAUUUAUAUCCAAAUCAACCACCAUAUAUUGCUGGUUAUCAAACCGUUCCGCAGCAUCAUCCCGUGACAUUUCAGCAAGGUCCAAGCCAUUACUCUCGUCCGUCUAUUGGUGCUGGGCAGGUGGCAAAUAAUGUACAACAACGGCAAAGUGGUCACGAUGUUGGUGGAAACGGUAUAAAUCGUGGCAGUGGUGUACAUCAGAGUAAUGUGCCGUCGGGAAGUAUCACUCAUCAAGGCAUGCAUCAAUCAGGAACUGUUUCGGCUGAUGGAUCGCAUAAUAUUGCUCAAGGCAUCACACCACUGGCAGCUUCACUUACACCGCAUCAUUGUAUGCCUUUGUCUCAGGAUAUGCCAUUGCGAAUUGUUGUUGAUGCAAAAUAUGUGGGAGCAAUCAUUGGUCAGGGUGGAUCGAGCAUCCGCGAAAUAACGAAAGAAUCCAAAGCGCGCUGUGUUGUUGAUGUACAAAGAGCUGGGCGUGAUCUUGCAAAAAAUACGGAAAAGAUCAUAUCUAUUUUGGGGCAGCCAGAGGGUUGUUCGAAAGCAUGCGUCAAAAUUUUAGAAAUUGUAAGGAAAGAAAUGGAAAAAGAUAACACUAUAACGCAACAUCCUGAUAUUGAACUGAAAAUUCGUGCUCAUAAUCAAUUGGUUGGACGUUUGAUUGGUAGAGGUGGUGUUACAAUCAAAAAGAUUAUGGAAGAGACUGGUGCUCAUAUUUAUGUGUCGAAUGAACCAACUUUGGCACGUGACGCUUACGCCUUGAUGCCACCCUAUGCUGCUUCGCCGUUGUAUGGAUCCGAUUUGUCAAUGCAUCUGGAACGAACAGUCACCGUGAAAGCUCCCACGAUGAGUGUCGUUUCUGCAGCGGAGCAAAAAAUAAGUCAAAAAUUACGUCUAAGUUUUGAAGCUGAUGUGAAUAGCCGGAUUAUCUUUCCAAAUACGGGUGCCGCAGCGGUUAUGCCUUUGAUGACGUCCGUGGGUGAAGCAGGUUAUGUGAAUGCCGCUACUGGUGUCCCACCUGCCCAGUAUGUUCGCAGUACGGUUGGUACUGCCACGACUGGUACAGGGCAGCAGCAAGUUCGUACUGUUCAUAUGUGGGUACCAAAUAAUAUGGUUGGUGCACUUAUUGGUGCAAAGGGUGCUCAUAUUCGAAGUGCAAUACGGCUCACAGGUGCGCAACUCCGAAUUGAAGGUGGUGGAAUAAAUAAAGAUAAAAAGGAGAGCAGAGGAGAAGGGAACAACGAAAAAAUUGACAAGGAAAACAGCAAUGUGAGCGAAUCAUUAAAGAAGGAAACGGUGGAAGCAAAUGAAAGGGUUAAUGAACCGGGAAAGGAUGAAAAUAACAGCGAUGAAAAACAAAAUGGGAAGAAAGAAGAGAAUGUAGUAGAAAAGGCAUCAUCACCAAAACUAUCAAAGGACAAAGAUAAGGAUAUUCAUGCUGAGGAGCGUCUCGUGACGAUUACUGGUAACGAUCCUCAACAAUAUAAAGCACAAUUCUGGAUAUAUCAGCGCAUUGCUGAACAAAGUUGUCACUACAUGGAUGAAAUACGAUUAUGCACUGAAAUUGCUGUGCCCAGCAAACUUGUUGGAAGAAUUAUUGGAAAAGGAGGCCAAAAUGUCCGCGAAUUGCAGCGUAUGACAGGAGCACAGGUAAAAAUUCCGGAUGAUGCAGGUGAUGAUGAAGCCCAAAAAGCAACGACUGUUCGUGUGCUCGGUAAUUUUCAGUCGUCGCAAGCCGUGCAAGCAAGGCUUAGUCAGCUAAUGAGUGAUUUUUCACAGCGAUUAACUGUUGGACCAGCCAAUGGGCAAAGUACUUCCAAUACUCAGGGUGUGUACAGAAGCUCAACAUAG